AUGGUGAAAGAAGAGGCCAUCUUCCGUUCUGCGGAUAUGACUUAUGUUGAAUUAUAUAUUCCGUUGGAGAUAUCGAGAGAUAUCGUUUGUUUGUUGGGGAAGUUGGGUUUGUUGAUGUUUCGAGAUAUGAAUACUGAAAUUAAUGAGUUUCAAAGGAAUUACGUACUACAACUUAGAAAAUUUGACGAUUUGGAGAGGGUCAUACAAUAUUUAAAUGAGAUUUUAUCAAUACACAUGCAUGAUUAUAACAUCACUGAUACUGAUAGUAUCGACAAUACCAUUGACACAUUAGAAACACAUUCUCUCGAAUCAAUUACUGAGAUUGUCAAUGAUAUAACCAACAUGGAAGUAAAAAUAAGAAGACUAGAUGAAUCAUUAAAUGAUAUAAAAAUUAAAUUGAGUGAUUUGAUAGAGAAAAGAUACAUUAUUUUCAAAUGCUCCAAAUUCUUAGAAAUUAAUCCUGGCUUUGCUAGAAGAAUUUCAAGAGAUUAUACCGACAUGGAACAUUUAGACGUCGACGAUUUUGAAUUGAAUGAAGAUGAUGUCUUGAGUACAAACUUAAGUGAUACCUUUUCCUUUGAUGAUGGAAGUAACGAUGCCUUACAAGGGCCAGAUACUGAAACUGAUAUUGAAAGCAAUAAUAUAAUGACUAGUAGCUUACAUCAUAGAUUCAUGAUUAUCGGAUCUAUAGAAAGAACAAAAGUCGAGGUCUUAAAUAAGAUUCUUUGGAGAUUGUUACGCGGUAAUUUAUUCUUCCAGAAUUUUCCAAUUGAAGAGCCUCUUAUACAAAAUAACGAGAAAGUAGAGAAAGAUUGUUUUAUUGUCUUUACUCAUGGUGAAAUUUUAUUAAAUAAAAUCAAAAGAGUCGUUGAUUCACUUAACGGGAAAGUUAUUUCAUUAGAUAAAAGAACAUUUGCUUCCAUAAAGGAAUUGAAUACCAGCAUUACCGAUCUUCAACAAAUUUCCGAAUCUACAGAACGUGCAUUGCACACUGAACUCUUAAUAGUGAACGAUCAGAUAAAUUUAUGGCACGCUUUAGUCAGAAGGGAAAAAUACAUAUAUGCAACUUUGAAUUUAUUUAGGCAAGAAUCUCAAGGUUUAAUAGCAGAAGGUUGGUUACCAUCUUCAGAAUUAAUAUACCUUUCUGAUUCACUAAAGGACUUUCUUGAAUCUAUUGGUUCCGAAUAUAGUGCGGUAGUCAACGUCAUUCGCACAAACAGAUCACCACCUACUUAUCACAAGACUAAUAAAUUCACGGGUGCUUUCCAAGCGAUUGUCGAUGCAUAUGGUAUUGCAACUUAUAAAGAAACCAAUCCUGGUUUGGCAACAAUCGUAACUUUCCCCUUUAUGUUCGCAAUUAUGUUUGGUGAUGCCGGUCAUGGAUUAAUAUUGUUCAUUAUAUCAUUAUAUUUGAUUUUGAAUGAACGAAAAUUCAAUGCUAUGAAAAGAGAUGAAAUUUUUGACAUGGCCUUUAGCGGCAGGUACGUUCUAGUACUCAUGGGCUUUUUUUCAAUUUACACAGGAUUAAUGUACAAUGAUAUCUUUUCCAAAUCAAUGACUCUUUUCAAAUCAGGCUGGGAAUGGCCAUCAAAAUUUAAAGAGGGCCAACUUAUAGAGGCUAAAAAAAUCGGUGUCUAUUCUUUCGGAUUAGAUUUCGCAUGGCAUGGAACAGAUAAUAAUUUGAUUUUUACAAAUUCUUAUAAGAUGAAGCUAUCUAUACUGAUGGGAUUCAUUCAUAUGACAUACUCUUACGUUUUCUCAUUCAUUAAUUAUAGGUUCAAAAACUCAAAGGUUGACAUUAUUGGCAAUUUCAUUCCUGGGCUGAUUUUUAUGCAAUCGAUAUUCGGUUAUCUUUCAUGGGCUAUUAUUUAUAAGUGGUCAAAAGAUUGGAUUAAGGAUGGUAAACCUGCCCCUGGCCUACUGAACAUGUUAAUCAAUAUGUUCUUGUCUCCUGGUACUAUCGAUGGACAAUUAUAUAGGGGACAAGGGCCAUUACAAAAAUUUCUCUUGAUUGCAGCUUUCAUCUGUGUUCCUUGGCUACUAUUGUAUAAACCAUUGACUCUAAGGAGAUUAAAUAACAAUGCAUUAUCAAGAGGUUACCAAAGUCUUCGCCACCAACAAGUUGCCGAGGCACAAAUCAUUACGGAGCAAGAAUACGGUGAAGAUGACAUGGUUGUGACGGAUUAUGAAAAUGAUGGUGGCGAUGGUGGUGAUGACGAAGAUUCUAACGCAUUUAACUUUGGUGAUAUCAUGAUUCAUCAAGUUAUUCACACAAUCGAAUUUUGUUUGAAUUGUAUUUCGCAUACUGCAUCAUAUUUGCGUUUAUGGGCUCUAUCCUUAGCACAUGCUCAAUUAUCUACAGUUUUAUGGUCAAUGACUAUUCAAAAUGCAUUCACUUCUGAAAAUUCUGGGAGUCCAGUAUCUGUAAUAAAGGUAAUAGUAAUGUUUGCCAUGUGGUUUGUGCUGACUGUAUGUAUUUUAGUGGUGAUGGAGGGCACAUCUGCCAUGCUACAUGCAUUGCGUCUACAUUGGGUUGAAGCAAUGUCAAAAUUUUUUGAAGGUGAAGGGUAUGGAUACGAACCUUUUUCAUUUAAGAACAUAAUAGAGUAA